AUUCCACUAUCAUUUAUCAAGUAUCCAUCAUAUUAAGUGUUCGUUCAUCAACGAUUUCUUAUUUAUUAAUUUUCAAAAAUGUAGACUGUACGUAGUUGUAAUUUGUUAAUAUUUCAGUAUUUUUUAUCUAUAAACUGUUUUGUAUAUAUUUAUUUUCACUCCUACACUUAGUACUUACAGUUCAUUUCACGACUUCGCGUUCAACGUGUUAUGUAAUUUCUUAAAAUAUACUCUAGCCCGUCAACAGCUAUGUGGAAAUCCAGCAAUUUUGCUAGUUUGUUCCCCACUAAGACAUCGUUUGUCGUAUUUGUCUUGUACAUAGCACUGUCAAUGAACCACGGAUUGUUAGUAAAAUUAUCACAAGAUAAAGGCACUUAUAAUUAUAACGUUGUGUCAGUAAUUAUUUUAACUGAAGUUAUAAAAUUAGUUAUAUCCCUAUUUUUGUUUUGUAAAGACAAUCCCUUAAGAAAUAUUAUAGAUCAGACUAGAGAAAAUUAUACAGUACUCUUUCUCUACAUGGUACCGGCACUUCUCUACUGCCUGUAUAAUAAUUUGGCAUUUGUGAACUUAUCAAUAUUUGACCCGACUACAUAUUUUAUUCUUCUUCAACUACGGGUCAUACUCACUGGUAUUGUUUAUCAGUGUUUAUUUAAAAAGGAUCUCAGCAAAAUACAAUGGUUAUCCUUAGUGCUUUUGACUAUUGGAUGUAUGAUAAAAGAGAUGAAAAUGGAGGGCAAUAUUCGACAACAGUCUUAUGGUUUUUUUAUUAGUAUAUUAUUGAUGUUGACUCAAAUACUUUGCUCGUGUUUAGCUGGUGUCUACAAUGAAUAUUUACUUAAAAAAGGCCAGGGUGUAAAUGUAAAUGUUUAUGUGCAAAACAUAUAUAUGUACACUGAUUCAAUACUUUGUAAUUUAUUAUUGUGGAUAACAUUUAAACAUAAUGAAACAAAAAGCAAUGUCUCUGAAAUAGACAUUUUUAAAAACUAUAUGGUCAUAUAUAUUAUAAUAAACAGUGCCAUGUAUGGCGUCGUAACUAGUUUACUACUACACAGCUUAAAUUCAAUCAUAAAGGUUUUUGCCACAGCAAUCGAACUAGUCCUUAUUGCCGUAUUGUCAUGGGUACUUCUAGGAUACCCAAUUAAUUUGCAGACUGUGUCAGCUGUAAGUAUUGUUUCAUGUUCUGUGGUUAUUUAUGCCAAACACCCUAUUACAAAAAGUACACUCCCAGAUACUAAAAGUAAUAAAAAUUUGAUUAAUAUUUAAAACUUAAUUAAAUAAAAAAUUAUUGGAAUAAAAUAUUAUAUUUAUCUACUUACUUAAUUUUCUUUCUUCAAAAUAAUGUAUACUUGUAACUUUUAUGUUAAUUAAAUAUUUUGUAUCAAUGUUUCUAUUAUUAUUAUCUUUCAAUACCUAAGUACCUAGGACCUAGGUAAUAUAUCACUAUUGACUAGUAAUAUUAUCAUAAUUUAUUUGAAAACCAAAACAUUUGUAUUAUAAUAUUGCCUAAUAAUAAUUUGUAUUAUAAUUCCUAUUUUUUAUUUGUAUAAGUAAUGAUUGUAAUCCUCUAAAAUAAACUAAGUCAUUAUACCCAUAUACUAUGUAUUCUACUGUAAUCAAACUAACUUUUAUAAUAUUAUUCUGAUUUCUGUUUUUUGAGCUUUACUCGUAAAUAUAAAUAAAUACAAAAUAUGAUGUGAUAUUAUAGAUUUAGUCAAUAUACAAGUUGUUUAUUUUAUAAAAAAGUUAGCUAACUAUACCAAUUUUUUUAGUUACCAGUAUAAUAUAGUCAGACAAAUUAAAUUUAUUUUUAUUGUAUUAAAUUGUA